AGCUGCCAACGACAAAAUUAUUAACCUAUUAUACUCGAAUGCUUGGGUGCCAGAGGUAUUUUCUUUUUUUCUCACAAUUUACACGCCAUCUUUGUGCGGUUUGGUAAUUGGUUGGCGUGUGCGUCAAGAAAUAGAGUUCUUUUUUUUUUCGGUUUAUCCUGCAGUUCAUAUGCAGCGAAUUCAACUUGUUGGGGGUGGGUAGGACUGCCAUCGGUGCCUUGAAUCGUGAUAGCACGGAUCUUGCACGCGAGGCGCUGCAGCUCGCCUUCAGCGAUGCACAUAUUGCCGCGAAAGACGUAGGCGCACUCAUCGCGGCACCGUCCAUGUCUUCUGGCCACUUCAUGCAGUCACAUUACCUCGCCACCACAUUCCAGCUUACUGCUGCGAACCCCAAAAUGGUGCUCAAAACGGUCGACACCGGCGGUGCCAGUCCGAUCAGCGCCAUCGGUGCCGCCAUGGAUCUCUUCCAUCGCAUGCCGCGGCUGCAGACCGCCGUCGUCGUUGCGAGCGACGCGGUGCACAGCCUCCCCAGCAACGAAUUUGCAAGACGGUCCAAUGAUAGCAUUCCCUCGCCUCACCUUGCUGAACCGCACAUCCCCAAUGGCUACGACUUUUAUGCGCAGUGGCAGAUGAAGCGCUACGGUUUGAAACGCGAGCAGCUGGCAAUGGUCCCUGUCAUUAUGAGCUCCAUGUCAGCGCGACACCCCGAUGCCAUGUGCAAGAAGCGCUACACCUUGGAGAAGGUUCUACAGGCUCGCCAGAUUGCGCCAGUGACCAAUUUGCCAGAGUGCGCGUGGCGUGCGGAUGGCGCGGUGGCACUCGUUCUUGCACGUGACGACUACUGCAAAGCCCACAUGGCCGCUUCGCCGUCCGAGACGAACAAGCCCUACGUUCUCAGUGUUGGCGAGGCGUCUGGUCCGCUGUACCCGCCUGCCAACAUGGAUGACAUCACGCCCGAGACGUUCUCGUGUCACCGAGCGAUGAAUCUUGCUUACGAAGCGGCGGGGGGACUCACCGCUGCUGACAUCGACUUCUUUGGUCUUUACGACUGCCUCCCUAUAUGCUUCAUUCGCGCGCUGGAAGGGUGUGGCCUUUGCAAGGAGGGCGAGGGCGGCCAGCUGGUCGAGCAGGUGUAUCGACGUGCGCUCCAGGACGGAGGCGAUGUGGACCCCAACCAUUUCCCUGUCAACACUCAUGGCGGGCUCAUGUGUUUUGGUGCGCCGUGGGAAGUGCCGGCAAUGUACAACGUGGCGGAAGCGGUGGCCUAG